AUGGCGACCAUGGCGAACCACGAUCGCGAGACAUCGCUUCCAAUAUGCCAGAACUGCUCGACGUCGACAACGCCGCUAUGGCGACGCGACGAGAUGGGCUCCGUGCUGUGCAAUGCCUGCGGUCUCUUCCUCAAGCUGCACGGCCGCCCGCGACCGAUAUCCCUCAAGACCGAUGUGAUCAAGAGCCGGAACCGCGUCAAGACGUCGAUGCGCCCGGACAUGCUGAAGAAAAAGAAUAAUGCCGCUGCUGCAGCCGCUGCAGCCGCCGCCGCCGCCGCGACCAUGGUCGGCGAUCCGAACGGCGUCGUCGACCUCCAGAGCCAUGCCUAUGCCGCCACUGCCGCCCUCUCGCGACGCACACCCCAGAAGGGCGCUAACGGCCACCACCUUGACACCGACUCGCCCAUGUCCGGCGCCGGCACCCCCAGCAUAUACAACGCCCAUCCCUCCUCCUCCUACCCCAUCCUCGACGACGGCAACUACCAGGGCCAACACCUGCAGGCGUUUGCCACGGCCGGCGACGGGUCCGGCCAGCACGACGCGAACGGCGACGGCGGCCCCCAGACGUCGGAUCAACUGGCCGCGACAAAUUCCAGCUUGAAGACGCGGGUCGCCGAGCUCGAGGUCAUCAACGACUUUAUCACGCGACGCCUAGGCCACUACGAACCUGUGUACGGCAGCGGUGUCGGCCAAGACGGCCAGGACGGCCAGGACGGUGCUCAGCAGGGCGACGAGACGCAGCUGCGGUCGCAAAUCGAGCUCUUGACGCAGUCGGAGCGGCAACUGCGCGCCGAUCUGGAGGAGGGCCACCGCCGCGAGAAUAUGAUGAAGCGCCGCCUCGACGAGCUCGAGCAGGAGCUCAAGGAGGCCAAGGAUGCCCUCGGUGUCUACGAGGGCGACCGCGCAAAACGGCCACGCCUUGGCGAGGCCUCCACGUCCCUGUCGGGAACGGCAGCCGACGCGUUGACUGCUGCUGCUGCUGUUGCUGCCGAUGCCGAUGCCGGCGAUCCAUCUGAGGCUGCGGCGCCGACGGCGGACGGUGUGACCGCCGCUGCGACUGCCGCUGCUGUGGCUGCUGCCGUUACUGCCGCGGCAUCCACGGAAGCGGCGGCCGAGACUACCACACCGGCCAUCGCCGACGAGGCCAAGCCGGAGCCUGUCGCGGCGGACACCAACGAUGCCGGCGCAUUAGAUGCUGAGGCCGCCUCUACGGCGCUUGCUGCACUGACGGCCGCCACGGCAGACAAUGCGCUGGAGAACGCGUCGGCACAAGAUGUGGCCGCUGCUGCUGCUGCGGUCGCUGCUGUGGCCAGCGAUGCGGCGCGGAACGCCACUGAAGGUCCCACGUCGCCGAAGCCAUAG